AUGCCUAAAAUAAGAUCCAGGCAAGCAAAUAGCCUCUGGUUAAGGCAACGUGAAUUGGGUAUAAAGUUCCCUUUGGGACAUGCUGAUCGUUUUCAUAAAACCCUUUAUUCCUCUAUACAACCAGUAACUUCUUGGGAUCAUGCAUUACCUGCUGCUGCCCACGGAGGAGUUUUUAAUCUCGAAUAUUCUCCAGAUGGUUCUUUGUUAUUGGCAGCAUGUGAAAAAAAAAGUAUCUUAAUGUUUGAUCCUUUGAGAAGGAGGUUGAUUCAUGCGAUCGAUAAUGCUCACAAUGAUUGUGUGAAUUGUGUUAGGUUUUUGGACCAACGUAUGUUUGCAACAUGUUCAGAUGAUAGCACUGUAGCCCUUUGGGAUGCUAGAAACUUAAAGCAGAGAAUAAGAACCCUUCGAGGCCAUUCAAAUUGGGUUAAAAAUAUAGAGUAUAGCUCAAAAGAUAGUUUGUUAUUAACUAGUGGCUUUGAUGGUAGCAUAUAUACUUGGGACAUUAAUAGCUUCACAGAGAAUAGUAUUCUGUAUACUCGAGUAUUUCACACAAAUGGACUGAUGCGUACUAGACUUAGUCCAGAUGCCAGUAAAAUGUUAAUAAGUACCACUUCUGGAUACCUCAUCAUUAUACACAACCUUAAAUUAAGCACAUUAACCCAAGACUUGGCAGGAUUUCGACCUAACAUGUACCGAUUAAUGCAAUCGUCUCAAACUACGAUACCAAACGUGGCUAGUUUCACGCAUCUCUUUUCUCCUUCGCGAGCACAUAACAGAGUAGAGUUUUUAACGGACUUCCCCGUUGGCGAUGACGCCGAGAUAAUAUCUAGCUUACAGGUGCAUCCUCAUGGAUGGUGUGCUUUGUCUAGGAAUGUCAGCAACGGAGAGAAAUCCGAGUGGACUUGCGUUCACGACAUACAGGAGCGCGACGUAUCCGGUACAGCGGACCAGACAAAAGAGGGCGAGGAGGCAGCGCCUCAAUUUAACGAAGUAACCGUGGACGAAUUCGAGGAUUUCCAGCAACCUCAACCCUCUCGUUCCGGUAUAACAUCAUCCUUUUUAAUAGAAAGUCCGAACAAUCGCGUCAGGGUAGUUCACACCACGUCCGACACGAGAUCAAACUCUGUUGGACCUUCGGAUAACUCACAAUCGGUCAGAUCUUCGAGAAUCAACUGGCAGACAACAUCUCGCAGAGGUUCGCGGUCACAAUCGAGAAACUCUCGUCUAGAUAGAAACGCCACCAGAGCGAAUUUCGGUGCGAUCGAAGUCAGUUCGAGUUCUAGUUCGUCUGACUCUCGAGUAAGCGUGGACAGAGAGGAUAGACAAGAGGAUAGGUACAUAUACGCGGCGGACAUUCACGAGGGCAUGCAAGAGGAAGGUUCAGGCGAUCAGGAUAGGGAUUCCGAGCAGGAUUACAGACCACCACGACCAAAUUCGCAUUUGAACUACAUAAGAUCGCGUAAUAUGACCGACAACUUUUCCACAGGUAACAUAGAACUGCACGUAAGUACUACAGAUGUUUGGGAAGCGCACGUGGCGAUUAGGGAGGCUAGGCUUCGAAGGGAGAGAGAUUGGCUUUCUAGAUCGAGCAACAAUACCGUUGUCAUAAUCGGCGAUAGGAUCAGAGUUCAGAAUAGAAACAGGCAAGGUCAACAAACGAUGUACGCGAUUCCUAGAAAUCGUAUGAUUCACCAAAACACACCUAGGUUAACGCAUUACAUAGAGGAGCCUAACGUUGGAUCUGGUUAUAUCAAAGAGUUGUGUUUCUCAGUGGACGGUAGGUUAAUAUGUUCACCGUUCGGAUACGGUGUACGGUUGUUAGCGUUUUCUAGCGACUGUUCCGAAUUAUCCAAUUGUGUUCCUCCCUAUAACGAGUCUGUACAGCUGCACGAAUUGGCGACGAACGUUAGUCAUUCUGGCAUCGUGGUCAGUACAAAGUUUUCACCGAGGCAUUGUUUGCUAGUAUCCGGUUGUUUAAGUGGAAAGAUCGUUUGGCAUCAACCGGUGGUUUAGUGAGAUUGAUACA